AUGGCACGCCAUGUCGUGGGCGGCCAUGAUGAGGCCACUGAAGCAAGACCUCUUCUCUCACCGGCUCCCGAUUCGCAGGAGUCCGCCGAUGGGCCAUCCACAUGCCAGCACCUCCCACGCUGUUCCUGGCCAUGGAUGCACGUUGUCGCGCUGGUUAUAGUUAUCGCCGUCGUCUCCGACAUAGGAGAAUCACUUUACGCUGCGCCGAGGGUCCGUUUCUUUGAGUCUAUCAUCUGCGCUGAAUACUAUAGGCGAGAGGAUUCUUCGCUGGUUCACAGACACGGCGAGAUUCCGGAACACCUCUGCAAAGUCAAUCCCGUCCAGGACGAACUCGCUUCUGUCUUGGGGUGGCAGCUCUUCUUCGACAGCAUUCCAGCUAUCUUGCUUCCCGUGCCAUACGGCUAUCUCGCCGACAGGCAUGGCCGAAAGCGGAUCUUGAUUAUGGCAAUGGUGGGCUAUACAAUGUCUUACAUCUGGACGCUCUUUUCGGCCGGGGCGUUGCAUUUGCCCUUACACUAUGUUUGGCUGUCCUCGCUCUUCUCUUUCUUUGGUGGCGGUGUAUCAGUCGGAACAACCAUACUCACCACCAUCGUUGCCGAUGUAGUCCCACCAGAGUCAAGAACCACUGUGUUUUUCUAUCGAUUCUGUACCGACCUAAUUGCAGACGUGGCAAUUCCUCCCCUAACCUCCUUUUUAAUGUCCAAGAACAUAUGGAUCCCCCUUCUCGGCGCAGUGUUCUUUCAAGGCAUCAGCUCCGUGAUGACUCUCACAUUGCCCGAAACGCUGCCGCCACCUAUCCCUCAAGAGGUUGUCGACGAUUCUGCGAGCCCGCCAAUAUCCACGAGCGCUGCCGAGCCAGAAGACGAUUCAAAAUUUGACCAGCGGUGGACGAAUUGGAUCCGCCAGACUAGAGACUCGUUCAUCUUUGUCAAACGAGAUACGGCGGUUGCAGCUCUCGUGUUGACAUUCUUGAUUUCCAAAGUCGGCCGUCAGUCAACGAAUGUCCUUUUCCAAUAUGCUUCCAAAAGAUACGGGUGGUCCCUCUCACAGGCUGGACUAUUGGUUUCUUUGCGUGCGGCUGUGAACAUUGCACUAUUUGCCGCCAUUCUACCAGCGAUUGCUUCUUUCACCCUCCGACGUGUUGGUGCAGCGCCUCUUAGAGAUCUUUUGCUCGCAAGAGGGAGCAUUAUAUUCCUGCUUCUUGGCAGUCUUUUACUGUUCUUGUCGGCGACCCCUGCUGUUAUGAUCAUCGGCAUCAUUUUGUUCACACUAGGGACUGGUUUUGCACCUACAGCCCGCAGCUUGGUGACCUCACUUGUAGAAUCUCAGUGUAUAGAGACAACAAGCGACAUUGGACGCCUGUACGCACUGAUCUCUGUCAUGGAGGGAAUUGGUGCCCUUGUAGCAGCAUUGGGCAUGUCAUGGGCCCUACGAUUCGGCCUACGUCUGGGCCAAGCAUGGCUUGGGCUGCCCUUUGGAUUUGCUGCCUUCCUCUUCACUGUGGUAGCAAUCAUCACGUUCAGCAUCAAGGUUAAAAAUGUAUGA